CUUAUUGGAAGAGUUUUAAAAUGUAAUUAAGGUUUUGCUUGAUAAAGGGUACUUGAAGAUGUGCCUCUGAUCUAACUACAUGGGAAAGAGAGCCGCUUAAUUUACAGCAGCUGGCUUUAACUUUUCUACGGGAGCUCGGGGCUAACGCUAGCUAGGGUACCUAGUGAGAGUGAAAAACUAGCGCCAACUUCAGGUAGCCAUUAUGGCAUAAUGUUAAUUAUUAUCAUGAUAAAUGCAGUGGUAAGAUAGCCGUUUUUGAAAAUUCACAUUUUAUUUUAUUGUUCAUUUUUUAUAUUUAAUAUUAUUAUUGUUAUUAGUAGUAGUGGUAGUAGUAACUUUAGAUGUUAUUAUCUUGCAGUGGAGUUACAACACUUAGCUGUCAGGCUAAUAUCAAUCUGCCUGCUUCCACUCUCCUCUCAGUGUAAUUAAAGCCUCGUCAGAGCGGCAAGACUGAGCAGACUGCACCUCAUCAGAGCUCAGUCAAUACAUGGACUGACAUGCAAUACAUCACAUGUUAUUAGGUUUUGUAUAGUUUGGCUUUUCGGCAUCACUCAUAUUGUAGUUUAUCCACUGUCCGCUUCUAAGUUUGUCGGCAUCAUGGAGCACAUGUCGUCUCCUGUUCGGUUACGCAGCGGUAAGAGAGACCAGGUCAACAGGACGGUGUGAGCACUGAAGACAUUUGUAGUGUAUCUCCUGUAAGCCAGGUGUGGAGGCCUGGUUGUCCAAAGUGCACAGGGUAGCAAAUGGAGGCCCUCUGUGAGGAAAUGACCAGUGAGGAAACCAAAGCAGUUGUGGAUGACAUGUUGUCCAGUCUGUCCAUUGAGGACCAAGAGGACACUCACUUUCCAUACGCCAUGAGGGAUCUCCCUCCUGUCUCUGAGCCUGGCGAACAGCACCAGGCACCAGUCCACCAAGAGGCAGAGGAACCUGAGACAGCAACCAACGGAAGACUGACCAGCCUCCCUGGGACUCCCUCCCUGCCCCGUCCCAUCCCCUGCCACCCUCCUGGCUCUCCAACAGUCCCUCAUAGACCAAGUCGUGCGGGAACAGAAAGAGAAUUUCGCCCACCGCCUCUGAGGAGGCAGCUCGUCUCUCAGGUGUCUGUGGAUUGUCCACUUAGCCCGGCCUCACGUCCACACAGCCCUUGGGGACGCUUUGACCCCUACGUCUCUCCAGAGGAUCCAGACAAGGACUAUGUGGGUUUUGCCACAUUGCCCAACCAGGUUCACAGAAAGACAGUGAAGAAAGGUUUCACGUUUACGCUUAUGGUGGCAGGGGAGUCUGGCCUGGGUAAAUCCACAUUAAUCAACAGCUUGUUCCUCACUGACCUCUACAAAGACAGGAAGGUUCCCAGUGCACAAGAACGGAUCGAUCAAACAGUUGACAUCAUCAAACACACAAUUAGCAUCGAAGAGAAAGGAAUCAAAUUGAGGCUCACCAUCAUAGACACGCCAGGGUUUGGGGACGCUGUCAACAACACAGAAAGCUGGAAGCCAAUAGAAGACUACAUCGACCAGCAGUUUGAACAGUACUUCAGAGAUGAGAGCGGGUUGAACAGAAGGAACAUCCAGGACAACAGAGUCCACUGCUGCCUCUACUUCAUCUCUCCAUUUGGCCACGGUCUGCGACCUCUGGAUGUGGCGUGUAUGAAGGCCUUGCAUGAAAAGGUCAACAUAGUUCCUGUAGUGGCCAAAGCUGACAGCCUGACGCAAGCAGAGGUCUACAGAAAGAAGCAGAAGAUCAGAGAGGAGAUCAAGCAGUUUGGGAUCAACAUCUACCAGUUUCCUGAGUGUGACUCAGAUGAUGACGAAGACUUUAAAAAUCACAACCAGUUACUCAAGGACAGCAUCCCGUUUGCAGUGAUUGGGAGUAAUGUUCAGAUGGAGAGUGAAGGUCGCAAGUUCAGGGGUCGUUUCUAUCCCUGGGGUUUUGUAGAAGUGGAAAACCCGGCUCACUCUGACUUCCUGCUGCUGAAGAACAUGCUAGUGACAACAUAUAUGGAGGAUCUGAAGGACGUGACGGCAGAGACACACUACGAAAACUUCAGGGCCCAGUGCAUCCAGAACAUGACGCGCAUGGUGGUGCAGGAGAGGAAACGCAGUUUGCGUGAGAAGCAUCGGAGCGGAGACCGGAGCGAAGCAGAUUUUCCUCUGCCGCUGGCUGCCUGUGACACCGAGACAGAGCGACUCAUCUUUGAAAAAGACGAAGAGCUGCGGAGGAUGCAGGAGGUGUUGGAGAGGGUUCAGGAGCACAUGCAGCACAACCAGAGAGGUGGCUUCUGACCCCCCCCCCCCCAUAAUUCCCUGGAAGAGGAGACAAACAAGGAGCACCCAGGAACGCAGAGGUGGCUCCGUUUUAUAAUGCGUGAUGAGCAAAAGAUGGAACUUAAUAAAAGGAAAGCAGCAACAUUUCAGACCUGAGUGUCAACCAAGCUGAUUGGCUGAUCCAACUUGGCUGACAGAAGGCUAAAGAAAAAAAACAAGCAGACUUUACACUCAAACUCUGUUCAAGUAUAAAAGAUUCAGCCACGCAAACUCCCAUGCUUGUGUGUUCACAUGCAGCCAGGAGAUGCAUGUUCCAGCCUUAAGUGAUCACAUACUCACAGGCGAGUUCACACAAUCGAUUGCAGCUGCUGAUAGCACCGAAAAUUGCGCAUCAUUUGCAGCCACUAUCUGCCCCAUCUCAUGGUGUCGAUUCACACAAGAUAUUGCGCUAAAGAUACUCCAGGGAAAACAUGCCUUUUAAGUUUUGCAGCUGAUUGCAAUUUGCCCCUUUUUUUUUUUUUUUUUUU